AUUCCUUUUCCUUUGUCGCGUUAUUAAUAAAUUCUCCACCAGCUAGUCCACAAUAUUCCAUUAACAUAUACAUACAUACAUACUUCCUAGCUAGUUUUUUGUCCAAAGUAUAGAAAUGGAAAACUGGUCGCUGCUGAGCAGGCUAAGGAGGGCAGUGAAGAAGGUAACGUUUCUGCUGGGCUUUAGUGUCAACCGGUGGUGUCUGACUUCUGUUCUCGGCGGCGUUUGGACUUACCGCGGCAAGCGCAGGUUGAGCUUCCGCGACCGGCCGGGCCUCAGGGCCUGCACCUACGGAGACGAAGCGGAAUCGGGUUCAGGUUCGAGUUUGGGUUCGAAUUCAUGUUCUGGGAGACUGGAACGAACCAGAAGCUAUCCCAUGGUAGAAGACAUAGAUAAGAAAGCAGAGAUGUUCAUAGCUAACUUCUAUCGCCAGCUUCAGAUUGAAAGACAAGUCUCCUUGGAACUCCAUUACUGUCGAGGCAAUGGCUUCAGUUCAGUUUCGCCAUGAAAACGUCAUCAGGGGAAUUGAAGCUGGCGACUUUAAUUUCUGUAUGUUUCUUGAUUUGUUUGCGCACGCAUGCAUGGAGCUCGCGCUUUAUGAGAGGGAUCUCCAUUGCAAAUUUUACAUCUUCUUUUUUAUUUUUAAAAUUUUUUAAGAGAUAAUAAUAAUAAUAAUAAUAAUAAUAAUAAUCGAAGAGGAUAUCUUAAUGGAAGGGGCCGUUAUAUAUGCUCGUAUCUGAUGGGAGAUGGGCUGGCUGUGUAGUCCAACCGAAAUGGCCUUUAAAGUGUACGUGUGUACUUGUGUAUGGUCAUGGGAAACACGAUCCAAACAUAUAUGUUGUUGGAGU